AUGUCGCAUACUGAAUCAUCAUCGGAUCAACCAACGUCCGUUGUUGAUAAUUUACCUAGUUCUACUGCUUCGAAUCAAGAAGACCAAUCAUUACCAUCAAUAGAACCACAAUCAAAUGAUAAAUCUACGUCUAAUGUCGAAUCACAAGUGAUAAAAUCAAAUGCCGAAUGUGAUACGACUACACCUAAAGAUAAAGAUUUUCAUUUAAUUAAAUGGAUUGAAUUUAAUUUCGAACGAUUACCAAUUCUUCUACAAAAUUUAAAUGGUCCUUGUCCUCUUCUUGCUAUUUUCAAUAUUCUAUUACUUAGAAAACGAAUUAUCAUUAAUUCAAAUAUGGAUGCAAUAAGUACAGAACGAGUUAUAACAUUACUAGCUGAACAUAUUCUUGAACGUGAUCAACCGAAUUUAUCUGAUGAAGAUCGAGUGAAUUAUGAACAAAAUGUUCAAGAUGCACUUGCAGUACUUGAUAAACUUAAAACAGGAUUGGAUGUUAAUUUAAAAUUCGAUGGUGUAGAUAAAUUUGAAUAUACACGUGAAUGUAUUGUAUUUGAUUUACUUAAUAUUCAAUUAUUCCAUGGAUGGGUUGUUGAUCCACAAGAUAUUGAAUUACGAACAAUUGUAAUUACAGAUGCACCAAGUUAUAAUCAAGUUGUUGAAAAAAUGAUUCGACAACGUAACUCAGAAAGAGAAGAACAUGUUCGAGAAAGUUUAUUAAUUGAACAAUUUCUUGAUGAAAAUCGUUCUCAAUUAACACAUUAUGGUAUUCUUCAAUUGAAUCAAACAAUGCGUGAUAAUCAAUUAGCUGUUUUUUUUCGUAAUAAUCAUUUUAGUACAAUAUGGAAAAAUCAAAAUCAACUACUUGUACUUGUUUCUGAUCAAGGUUAUUUAGAUCAUAAAUCCAUUGUAUUUGAAACAUUAACUGAUGUUGAUAAUGAUAGUUUAUUUACUGAUGGUUAUGGACGAAUAUGGCGAAAACCCGAAUCAGUUGAUUCUUCUCGAGAUCGUGAUCUAGCUAUGGCUUUACAUAAUGAAGAAGAACGUUUAUAUAAUCAAGCUCAAUUGCAACAACAACAACAGCAACAACAGACUCAAGGAAAUGCUACUCAGUUACCUAAUUCACCUUCAAGACAUUCGAAGAAAUCUAAAAAUAAACAAAGAGGACCGUCUUAUGAUGAUCAUGAUAAAGAAUCUUGUAAUCUAUUUUAA